AUGAACGAUGGAGCUGUGGAUAAUACUCCUAUGAUGCUCGAGCCGACACCAUUUCGGGAUGGCACAACUCUGGAACCUUCUGCUCAUCUUCAGGGGAUAUAUAUAGUUUACUCCUCGGUUCGUCCUAGUAGUAGGUUGAAUACCUCUCAACAAAUGCCACAGCAACAUCAUUUAGGAGAAAUGACGACAGUAGAUCGCAUCGUCAGAAACACAUCCCUCGAUAUCUCCCAUCACGAAAGAGAAUCUACUCAUGUCUCGUCAUCUUUGUUGGAUCCAACCCAUACUCUUGAUCCAACAGCAGCACUUGCUGGUGGUGUCGUGAACGAAACUCCCCUUAUUGCAGACCGAUCAAAGCUGAAGAGAACAAGACAGGACCAUCAAUUUGCCAUUGAUGAUCCAAAUGAUGACGCGAGAAAUGAUCCUAAAAAAGUCCGAUACAGAUCCUAUCAACAAGAUCAAUGGGAUAUACAAUUUCAAGAAUUGCUGAGGUUCCGAGAAAGGCACGGACAUUGCCAUGUUCCACAUGCCUACGACAAUAACCCUACCCUCGCUCGAUGGGCCAAACGUCAGCGAUACCAAUAUAAAAUGAAACUGAAACAAAAGCAAUCGAGCCUCUCAAAUGAUAGACAGCAGAAACUCGACGAAGUGGGCUUCACAUGGGAUCUUCAGACAAUGGCCUGGCAAGAACGCUUCAAUGAGCUCGUGGAAUACGUACGUCGUAAUGGCAACUGCAACGUCCCCAAUCGCUUUGGGGAGAACCCAACUCUCGGUAUGUGGGUUAAGAGCCAGCGUCGACAGUAUAAGCUCUAUCGUUUGGACCCAUCCUCGUCACGUCUGACGCCUGAACGCUACCAGCUCUUGACCAAUUUGGGGUUCGCAAAGGACCAGCCGCUGGCUGGUGGCAGCCCAAAUAAAAAGAUAAAAGGGGUGAAUUCGAGUUAG